AUGUCAUCGCCCCCUGUCUCCCCGUCCCAGUCGCAUCUCAAGUACGUGUCCCUGGGCGUGCUGGUGCUGCAGACCACCUCACUGGUGCUCACCAUGAGGUACUCGCGCACACUGCAGGGCGAGGGGCCCCGCUACCUGGCCUCCUCAGCCGUGGUGUCGGCCGAACUGCUUAAGAUCCUCAUCUGCCUGCUGCUCGUCUUCUAUGACAACAGUGAGUCUAGUGAUCUGUCUGACUGUCUGGCUGUCCUGUCUGUCCGUCUGGCUGGUUGGCUGUCUGGCUGUCUGUCUGGCUGGUUGGCUGGCAUGCCUGUCUGUAACAGUCAAUGGAUAAACAAUGACAACAAAGAGAAUACUCCUACAGUCUCUUUGUCUUUCUAUCUCUGUCUUAGGCUUCAGUGUGUGGCCGUUACAUUUCUGUCUCUCUUUCUGUCAGACUUCAGUAUUCGUGUGUUGAAUCGGGUGCUGAAGGAAGAGAUUCUCAACAAGCCCAUGGAGACAUUGAAGCUGGCCAUCCCAUCAGGCAUCUACACACUCCAGAAUAACCUUCUCUAUGUCGCCCUGUCCAACCUGGACGCUGCUAGCUACCAGGUGAGAGAUGUGACACGUGUGUGUGUGUGUGUGCUUGUGUGUGUGUGUGUGCAUGCGUGUGCAUGCUGCAGCAUGUAUAAGGGGAACAAAAGUGAAACCAGGAAUGGAGCACUCAGGGACUCCAUACUCCAUUUCAUGUCCAAUUUCGACUGGCCGGAAUUUUAAUUGAUAUUGUCCCCAAACAGGUGACGUACCAGCUGAAGAUCCUGACCACGGCCCUGUUCUCAGUGUCCAUGCUGGGGAAGAGACUGGGGCUCUACCAGUGGCUCUCCUUGCUCAUCCUCAUGACUGGUAUCGCUCUUGUACAGGUGACAAGGCAAUAACUCGUCAUUCCUGUUUGGAUGUGUUUUUGUCAGAUUAGUCAUUGAUCUUUGUGUAUCCACAUUAGGGAGGUAGAAGUCUAAAUUGUUCUGAAGUUCACAGGUUUUUCAGGAUAAUCAGUGGUAACAUGAUCUCCAGGAAAAGUUUCUGGAAUUUUUACACAGGUUUUCUAUACUGAAUGAUGUACUGUGUGUUUUGUCUCCACAGUGGCCUACAGAGUCUCUGGGUGGGAUCUCUCCGACGCCUCUGUCUGCAGGCUCCCAGUUAGUAGGUGUGAUAGCCGUACUGAUAGCCUGCUUCUCCAGUGGCUUCGCUGGAGUCUACUUUGAGAAGAUCCUCAAAGAGACCAAACAGAGUGUGUGGGUCCGCAACCUCCAGCUAGGUCAGCAUCACUGGAACCUGUUUGUUUGUGUGUGUGUGUUUGUUUUUGUGUGUUUGUGUGUCUCUUUGUGUAUGCAUGUUUGGUUCAUUGAUUUAAUUUCAUUCUACGUAAACUGUACUCUCUUGGUGUGUGUGAAUAUCUUUCCACUUUCUCUAUAGAGAUUACAGCAUUUAUACAGUAUAUGUUAGGGUCUCUCCAUGUAAUCCAGAAGAAAAAUAAGUUACAUCAUUGACUUCAAUUAAAUCGAAUGUAUUCUCACAACAGUAUAGCAACUUUAGGUUGGAGGCAACGUCCCAUAGCCCUUGUAAUUCCAAUCCUUAGGCAAUGUCCUGGUGCCAAAAUUGUGGUCUUAGCUCUUGAAACCAUAAACUAUACAAGCAUGUAAUUAUAAACCAUGACAAAUCAAAUCAUCAAAUCCAAUUUUAUUGGUCACAUACACGUGUUUAGCAGAUGUUAUUAUGAAAAAUGUAUGCACUCACUAACUGUAAGUCGCUCUGGAUAAGAGCGUCUGCUAAAAUGUAAAACAUGUGUAGCGAAAUGCUUGUGCUUCUAGCUCCGACAGUGCAGUAAUAUCUAACAAGUAAUAUCUAUCAAUUUCACAACAUAUACACAAAACACAUAAAUCUAAGUAAGGAAUGAAUUAAGAAUAUAUACAUAUAUGGACGAGCGAUGUCAGAGCGGCAUGGACUAAGAUACAGUAGAAUAGUAUAGAAUACAGUAUAUACAUAUGAGAUGAGUAAUGCAAGUUAUGUAAACAUAAUUAAAGUGGCUAGUGUUCCAUUUCUUAAAGUGGCCAGUGAUUUCUAGUCUCUGUCAGUAUUGGCAGCAGCCUCUAAUGUGCUAGUGAUGGCUGUUUAACAGUCUGAUGGCCUUGAGAUAGAAGCUGUUUUUUAGUCUCUCGGUCCCAGCUUUGAUGCACCUGUACUGACCUCGCCUUCUGGAUGACCUCGCCUUCUGGAUGAUAGCAGGGUGAACAGGCAGUGGCUCGAGUGGUUGAUGUCCUUGGUGAUCUUUUUGGCCUUCCUGUGACAUCGGGUGCUGUAGGUGUCCUGGAGGGCGGGUAGUUUGCUCCCGGUAAUGCGUAGGGCAGACCGCACCACCCUCUGGAGAGCCUUGUAGUUGCAGGCGGUGCAGUUGCCAUACCAGGCGGUGAUGCAGCCCGUCAGGAUGCUCUCAAUUGUGCAUGUGUAAAAGUUUGUGAGGGUUUUAGGUGCCAAGCCAAAUGUCUUUAGCCUCCUGAGGUUGAAGAGGCUCUGUUGCGCCUUCUUCACCACACUGUCUGUGUGGGUGGUCCAUUUCAGUUAGUCAGUGAUGUGUACGCCAACGAACUUGAAGCUUUCCACCUUCUCCACUACGGUCCCGUCGAUGUGGAUAGGGGGGUGCACCCUCUGCUGUUUCCUGAAGUCCACGAUCAUCUCCUUUUGUUUUGUUGACGUUGAGUGAGAGGUUAUUUUCCUGGCACCACACUCCCAGAGCCCUCACCUCCUCCCUGUAGGCUGUCUCGUUAUUGUUGGUAAUCAAGCCUACUACUGUUGUGUCGUCUGAUGAUUGAGUUGGAGGCGUGCUUGGCCACGCAGUCAUGGGUGAACAGGGAGUACAAGAGUGGGCUGAGCAUGCACUCUUGUGGGGCCCCAGUGUUUAGGAUCAGUGAAGUGAAGAUGUUGUUUCCUACCUUCACCACCUGGGGGCGGCCUGUCAGGAAGUCCAGGACCCAGUUGCACAGGGCAGGGUUCAGACCCAGGGCCUCGAGCUUAAUGAUGAGCUUGGAGGGUACUAUGGUGUUGAAUGCUGCGCUAUCGUCAAUGAACAGCAUUCCUCUUGUCCAGAUGGGAUAGGGCAGUGUGCAGAGUGAUGGCGAUUGCAUCGUCUGUGGACCUAUUGGGGCGGUAAGCAAAUUGAAAUGGGUCUAGGGUGGCAGGUAAGGUAGAGGUGAUAUGAUCCUUGACUAGUCUCUCAAAGCACUUCAUGAUGACAGAGGUGAGUGCUAAGGGGCAAUAAUCUUUUAGUUCAGUUAUCUUUGCUUUCUUGGGUACAGGAACAAUGGUGGCCAUCUUGAAGCAUGUGGGGACAGCAGACUGGGAUAGGGAGAGAUUGAAUAUGCCCGUAAACACACCAGCCAGCUGGUCUGCGCAUGCUCUGAGGACGCAGCUAGGGAUGCCGUCUGGGCCGGCAGCCUUGCGAGGGUUAAUAUGUUUAAAUGUUUUACUCACGUCGGCCACGGAGAAGGAGAGCCCACAGUCCUUGGUAGCGGGCCGCGUCGGUGUCACUGUAUCAUCCUCAAAGCGGGCAAAGAAGGUGUUUAGCUUGUCUGGAAGCAAGACGUCGGUCUCAGCGACGUGGCUGGUUUUCCUUUUGUAGUCCAUGAUUGUCUGUAGACCCUGCCACAUACGUCUCGUGUCUGAGCCGUUGAAUUGCGACACUUUGUCUCUAUACUGAUGUUUUGCCAGUUUAAUUGCCUUGCGGAGUGAAUAACUGCACUGUUUUUAUUCUGCCAUAUUCUUAGUGAACUUGCCAUGGUUAAAUGCAGUUUCGCGCGAACGUUGCCAUCUAGCCACAGUUUCUGGUUAGGGUAGGUUUUAAUAGUCACAGUAGGUAAGCAAUGGAAUACUUGACAAUUAUUUUAAAGAGUCCUCCCUCAAAACCUCACCCAUUUCUCUCUCUGUCUCUCUCUCUCAUUCUCUCUCUCACAUUGAUGCACACACACACUCACAAUCACCAUACAGUAUACGUUGCUUCUACGAUUUAUUAUAUGUAUCCUGCUGCUCAGUCACUUUUACCCCUGAUUACAUCUACAUAACUAUCACCAGUAUCCCUGCACAUUGAUAUUGGUACUGGUAUUGACAAUAAAAUUGUAUUUGUCACAUGCGCCGAAUACAACAGUUGUAGACUUUACUGUGCAAUGCUUACUUAGGAGCCCUUUCCCAACAAAAGCAAGAAAAUAAGAUAAAAAGAAUAAGGAAAUAGUAACAGAAUAAAAUAACAAUAACGAGGCUAUAUACAAGGAGUACCGGUACCGAGUCAAUGUGCAGGGUUACGAGGUAGUUAAGGUAAUUGAGGUAAUAUGUACAUGUAGGUAGGGGUAAAAUUGACUAGGCAAUCAGGAUAGAUAAUAAACAGAGUAGCAGCAGCAUAUGUGAAAGUGUGUGUGUUGGAUUGUCAGUGUAGUAUGUGUGGGUAGAGUCCAGUGAGUGUGCAUAGAGCCAUUGCAAGAAUGUCAGUGCUAAAAAAAAAAGGGGGUCAAUGCAAAUAGUCCAGGUAGCCAAUUGAUUAACUGUUCAGCAAUCUUAUGGCUUGGAGGUACAAGCUGUUCAGGAGCCUUUUUGUCCCAGACUUGGCGCUCCGGUAGAAGAGAGAACAGUCUAUGACUUGGGUGGCUGGAAUAUAUAGUGUAUUUUGUAUUUCUCGUGUGUAUUUUAUCUGACUUAGUAUUGAUUCCAUGCUCUUUUUAAGACACUUUUCUAUUUAUUUCCUUUUUUUAAAUAUUGAAUACUGCAUUGUUGAGGAAGAGCUUGCAAGUAAGCAUUUCACUGUACUGUUUACACCUGCUGUAUCCUGUGCACGUGACAAACAAACAUUGAUUUGAUCUCUCUCUCUCUCCUAGGUUUGUUUGGCCUGGUGUUUGGUCUAAUGGGAGUGUUUGUGUACGACGGAGAGAGAGUGAGGGAGUCCGGAGUGUUCCAAGGCUACAACUCACUCACCUGGACUGUUGUGGCCCUGCAGGUAAUGUACAUAUGCUUAAGUUAUCAUUUCAAAAAGCAUAUACAGUGGGGGAAAAAAAGUAUUUAGUCAGCCACCAAUUGUGCAAGUUCUCCCACUUAAAAAGAUGAGAGAGGCCUGUAAUUUUCAUCAUAGAUACACGUCAACAAUGACAGACAAAAUGAGGGAAAAAAAUCCAGAAAAUCACAUUGUAGGAUUUUUUAUUUACAUUUUAGUCAUUUAGCAGACGCUCUUAUCCAGAGCGACUUACAGUUAGUGAAUACAUUUUUUUUUUUUAUACUGGCCCCCCGUGGGAAUUGAACCCACAACCCUGCGCAAACGCCAUGCUCUAUCAACUGAGCUACAUCCCUGCUGGCCAUUCCCUCCCAUACCCUGGACGACGCUGGGCCAAUUGUGCGCCGCCCAUGAGUCUCCCGGUCGCGGCCGGCUGCGACAGAGCCUGGAUUCGAACCAGGAUCUCUAGUGGCACAGUUAGCACUGCGAUGCAGUGCCUUAGACCACUGCGCCACGCAGGAGCUUAUGAAUUUAUUUGCAAAUUAUGGUGGAAAAUAAGUAUUUGGUCAAUAACAAAAGUUUCUCAACACUUUGUUAUAUCCCCUUUGUUGGCAAUGACACAGGUCAAACGUUUUCUGUAAGUCUUCACAAGGUUUUCACACACUGUUGCUGGUAUUUUGGCCCAUUCCUCCAUGCAGAUCUCCUCUAGAGCAGUGAUGUUUUGGGGCUGUCGUUGGGCAACACGGUCUUUCAACUCCCUCCAAAAUACUUAUGUCAUGCAAUAAAAUGCAAAUGAAUUACUUAAAAAUCAUACAAUGUGAUUUUCUGGAUUUUUGUUUUAGAUUCCGUCUCUCACAGUUGAAGUGUACCAAUGAUAAAAAUUACAGACCUCUACAUGCUUUGUAAGUAGGAAAACCUGCUAAAUCGGCAGUGUAUCAAAUACUUGUUCUCCCCAGUGUGUGUGUGUGUGUGUGUGUGUGUGUGUGUGUGUGUGUGUGUGUGUGUGUGUGUGUGUGUGUGUGUGUGUGUGUGUGUGUGUGUAUGUAUGUACUCACUACCUGUAAGUUGGUCUGGAUAAGAGCGUCUGCUAAAUGACAAAAAUUUAAAUAAUUGACACUUAAAACCUAUGAAGAUGUCCAUUAAAAGCAGACAUGCCGUUUGUUGACGCCACAACACAGUACAGAAUGCUAAUCAAUAAAAACGUCAGUUAAAUUCGCUACUCUGUUUUGCUUGUUUACAGUGGGUAAUUUCAAAGGGAAUUGACAGAGUUGCUUUUGUAUUAUUACGAGAAUCAAGGCACUAACAUGUCAGCCGUUCUAAAUCCUGUCCAAACUCUAUAUACACUGAGUGUACAAAACAAGACAAGAACACCUGCUCUUUCCAUGACAUAGACUGACCAGGUGAAUCCAGGUGAAAGCUCUGAUCCCUUAUUGAUGUCACUUGUUAAAUCCACUUAAAUCAGUGUAGAUGAAGGGGAGAAGACAGGUUAAAGAAGGAUUUUUAAGCCUUGAGACAAUUGAGAUAUUGAUUGUGUAUGUGUGCCAUUCAGAGGGUGAAUGGGCAAGACAAAAUAUUUAAGUGCCUUUUGAACUGGGUAUGGGUAGUUUCCCAUGUGUAUCAAGAAUGUUCCACCACCCAAAGGACAUCCAGCCAACUUGACACAACUGUGGGAGGCAUUGGAGUCAACAUGGGCCAGCAUCCUGUGGAAAGCUUUUGACACCUUGUAGAGUCCAUAUUCCAGCGAAUUGAGGCUGUUCUGAGGGCAAAAGGGGGUGCAACGCAAUAUUAGGAAGGUGUUCCUAAUGUUUUGUACAGUCAGUGUAUGAGAGAGAGAGAGAGAGAGAGAUUCUACAUACAAAUUAUAUAACAACCUUUAUUCUGACUAUUCAAUUGAGGUGUGUGUGAGAGAAAGUAAAUUAGAAAGAAAGAAAGAGGUGUGACUGUAUAUUUUGUCAAAUGACCAAAUCGCCCUCUAGUGGCCUCAUGGGUGGAAGAUCCGGUGUUUCUAUGUCAAACGGUUUUGUUAUAUUUCAGUCUUCUGUGAUGUAUAUAAAGUUUAAUAUUUGGAUGUAAACUCUAUAUCUGACAUAGUACAGGUGUAUUCUUUUUUUUUAAAGCCCAUAACAAUAGCCACAGGAAGUUGGGGUGCUGAGGGUGCUGCAGCAACCCCUGAAAAUUCUGAAUUUAAAGAAAAUAUAUAUGUGACUUUCUUUUUCUCACAAAAGUAGUGCACUGGGCCUUUACUAGUCCUGUAUUAGAUGGCAGAUAUCCACCUCAUUUUCAAAUGAUUUUAAAACGCAGAAACUAUGGAUAAAACUUCCUCCAUGCUCAUGCGUGAUCAUAAUUCAUAUGCUCACCACUAGAAAUCCAUGCAUUUAAUAGCAUGUUUCUGUUAGCUUAUACAUCAUGACAAAAUACACCAUAUUACUGUCCUGUUAAUGUGCCUGGACUUUGUAGGCUAAACUGGCUUGAAAAAAAAACACAACUGAUCCAAAUGGUUGACCAAUCAGGCAACCUAGAUGAGACAUGCUGCCCACACUGCCCGCGUUCGAUUGCACGUGCGUUGCAAAAUAAAUGUACACAUACAUGUUAUUCAAUCAUUGCACCCACACUGCUCGCACACGUCAACGAGCAUCUGCGUAGCCAGGCGCUAAAAUAUAACUUGGUUCUAUGUGUGACGCUUGACGCGCUGCAAGUCCGCCUCUCCCAUCUCCUCAUUGGUUUUUAGGAGCAUAUAUCCACGUGGGUGAUUGAAGGAUGAACUGAGGUCCACACUCCAGUCCAGUUGGUGGUGGUAAUGCACCUUAAAGUUGGUUGCCAACUGCCAUUUAAAGGCCAAAGAAGAGGAAGAAGACUGAAAGAGGAGAGAUUACUAGAAACAAACUCGGUUGACCCUUUUAUCUGUGGAUUAAUUGUCGGAGUAGAGGACCUUGUGCAUUUCAGGUAAAAUAACAACCCAAUGUUUAUAUCCCAGGACAAAGUAGCUAGCAACAGCAAGCUAGCUAGCUAAAUUGCCAUAAAUGUUUUUAAUGCUUAUCGACCUGUCCCCAAAUUAAUAUAGUUGGUUCAGAGUUCGUUUUGAUAUUUCAACCUGUAUAUCCUGAUCGUGUCUGGUGUGGGUGGACAAAAUCAACACGCGCGUGAGUGGUGUGUUCAGCAUGUUAUUUCGAAAUGAAUAUGCAUUCUAAAUGCCAGGCUUUUGAGCACUUAUUCAAAUUAACUUAUUUUCUCUCCCAGUGCUCCCUCAUUUUCGAGCUGCAGCCUUCUUUGUUACCCUCGGACCGCUCAAGGAUAGUGUACAUCAUAACGCUGAUGUCCGGGAGGGCACUCGCCGGGGUUACGGCGGUGUGGGAGCAACAGUCCGCCGUCUGCCUCAGUCUAGAGGAGUUUGUGGCGGAAGAUCGGAAGGUGUUUGAUUCUCCGUUUUCCGGGAGAGAGGCUGCUCUCCCGUAGUGUGGCAGACUACGCAGUGGAUUUUCGCACGUUGGCGGCUGAGAGUGCCUGGAACCCGGAAGCAUUGUUCGACAUGUUCCUUAACGGAUUAUCGGAGGUGGUCAAAGAUGAGAUUGCAGCCCGGGAGCUGCCCAUGGACCUUGACUCCCUCAUUGUCUUGACCAUCAGGAUCGAUGGGCGGCUUCGAGAACGUAGGAAGGAGAGGGAAUUUGUGCCCUGUUGCCCUCGUUCGCCCUCGAUUCCCACCUCGCCUCUGAAGAAUCCUGGAGACCCCAGAAGUCUACAGUGGCUUGCGAAAGUAUUCACCCCCCUUGGCAUUUUUCCUAUUUUGUUGCCUUACAACCUGGAAUUAAAAUAGAUUUUUGGGGGGUUUGUAUCAUUUGAUUUACACAACAUGCCCACCACUUUGAAGAUGCAAAAUAUUUUUUUUUGUGAAACAAACAAGAAAUAAGACAAAAAAACAGAACUUGAGCGUGCAUAACUAUUCACCCAAUACUUUGUAGAGCCACCUUUUUCAGCAAUUACAGCAGCAAGUCUCUUGGGGUAUGUCUCUAUAUGCUUGGCACAUCUAGCCACUGGGAUUUUUGCCCAUUCUUGAAGGCAAAACUGCUCCAGCUCCUUCAAGUUGGAUGGGUUCCGCUGGUGUACAGCAAUCUUUAAGUCAUACCACAGAUUCUCAAUUGGAUUGAGGUCUGGGCUUUGACUAGGCCAUUCCAAGACAUUUAAAUGUUUCCCCUUAAACCACUCGAGUGUUGCUUUAGCAGUAUGCUUAGGGUCAUUGUCCUGCUGGAAGGUGAACCUCCGUCCCAGUCUCAAAUCUCUGGAAGACUGAAACAGGUUUCCCUCAAGAAUUUCCCUGUAUUUAGCGCCAUCCAUCAUUCCUUCAAUUCUGACCAGUUUCCCAGUCCCUGCCGGUGGGAAAAACAUCCCCACAGCAUGAUGCUGCCACCACCAUACUUCACUGUGGGGAUGGUGUUCUCGGGGUGAUGAGAGGUGUUGGGUUUGCGCCAGACAUAGCGUUUUCCCUGAUGGCCAAAAAGCUCAAGUUUAGUCUCGUCUGACCAGACUACCUUCUUCCAUAUGUUUGGGGAGUCUCCCACAUGCCUUUUGGCGAACACCAAUCGUGUUUGCUUAUUUUUUUCUUUAAGCAAUGGCUUUUUCUGGCCACUCUUCCGUAAAGCCCAGCUCUGUGGAGUGUAUGGCUUAAAGUGGUCCUAUAGACAGAUACUCCAAUCUCUGCUGUGGAGCUUUGCAGCUCCUUCAGGGUUAUCUUUGGUCUCUUUGUUGCCUCUCUGAUUAAUGCCCUCCUUGCCUGGUCUGUCAGUUUUGGUGGGUGGCCCUCUCUUGGCAGGUUUGUUGUGGUGCCAUAUUCUUUCUAUUUUUAUAUAAUGGAUUUAAUGGAGCUCCAUGGGAUGUUCAAAGUUUCUGAUAUUUCUUUAUAACCUAACCCUGAUCUGUACUUCUCCACAACUUUGUCCCUAACCUGUUUGGAGAGCUCCUUGGUCUUCAUGGUGCUGCUUGCUUGGUGGUGCCCCUUGCUUAGUGGUGUUGCAGACUCUGGGGCCUUUCAGAACAGGUGUAUAUAUACUGAGAUCAUGUGACACUUAGAUUGCACACAGGUGGACUUUAUUUAACUAAUUAUGUGACUUCUGAAGGUAAUUGGUUGCACCAGAUCUUAUUUAGGGGCUUCAUAGCAAAGGGGCUUCAUACAAAUGCACACACCACUUUUCUGUUAUUUAUUUUUUAGAAUUAUUUGAAACAAGUUUUUUUUUUUUUUUUUCACUUCACCAAUUUGGACUAUUUUGUGUUUGUCCAUUACAUGAAAUCCAAAUAAAAAUCAAUUUAAAUUACAGGUUGUAAUGCAACAAAAUAGGAAAAACGCCAAGGGGGAUGAAUACAUUUGCAAGGCACUGUACAUGUCCGAGUGAACCCGACGUCACCCGAGUUCUCUACGCCGACUCCUCACCCAGAGCUGUCUAUAUUGUGGAGCUACGGGACAUUUCGUAGCUACCUGCCCAUUAAAAAACCAUGCUCAUCAAGAAGGGGCGAGUACUCUGGUAGGCAUUAUGGAGAACUCUCCCUUUUCUCGCACCCCUUUCCAUGCCAUCCUGCUGUGGGGGAACCAGUCGGAAUGUCUCCGGGUACUCAUCGACUCUGGGGCCGAUUUAUAAUUUUUGGGACGCUACCCUGGUGUCCGAGCUGGGCAUCCCCACUCAGCCCCUCUCCAUUCCCAUGGACGUUAGAGCGCUGGACGGGUGCUCUAUAGGCCGGGUCACUCACAAUACCACUCCCAUCAACCUACGAGUGUCAGGGAACCACAGCGAGGCAAUCCAAUUAAUGCUGAUUAAGUCUCCUCAGGUUCCCGUGGUAUUGGGAUACUCUUGGCUCCAGCGACACAAUAUCAUCAUAGACUGGACUGCGGGUGCCAUUAUGGGCUGGAGCCCAUUCUGCCACACCCAUUGUCUGAAGUCAGCACAGCCUGCCCCGGGACGUCGGAAGUUGCCCCGGACCUCUCCGACAUUCCCACGGAGUACCAGGACCUCUGGGAGGUGUUCAGUAAGGCCUGGGCCACUUCGCUUCCGCCGCACUGACCCUAUGACUGUGGGAUUGACCUUCUCCCAGGCACCACUCCACCCCGGGGACGACUGUACUCUCUGUCGGGUCCGGAGACCAAGGCUAUGGAGACCUACAUUGAGGACUCCCUAGCUGCAUCGACUACCGGGGCCUCAAUGACAUCACGGUGAAGAACCACUACCCACUACCACUCAUCUCCUCUGCCUUCGAGCCGCUCCAGGGGGCCACUGUGUUCUCCAAGCUGGACCUACGGAACGCCUACCACCUGGUGCGGAUACGGGAAGUGGACGAGUGUAAGACUGCCUUCAACACAGACAGCAGUCACUACGAGUAUCUGGUCAUGCCAUUUGGCCUUACCAAUGCCCCAGCUGUGUUCCAGGCUCUGGUUAAUGAUGUUCUCCACAACAUUCGUCUUCGUCUACCUCGAUGACAACCUCGUCUUCUCCCGCUCCGCCCAAGAACACGUGCUCCACGUCCGACGGGUUCUCCAAUGCCUCCUGGAGAACCAGUUUUUUUGUGAAAGCGGAGAAGUGCGAAUUCCAUCGCUCCACCAUCUCCUUCCUGGGUUACAUCAUCACAGAUGGAUCCUGGAAGGUGCGGUGGUGGAUUGGCCCCAGCCUACGUCCAGGGUGCAGCUGCAACGUUUCCUGGGAUUCGCCAACUUUUAUCGCCGCUUUAUCCGGGCUUACAGCACCCUGGCUUCCCCCCUGUCUGCACUCACCUCUCCCAAGUUUCCGUUCACGUGGUCCCCAGCUGCUGACCGGGCGUUGUGGGAUCUCAAACACCGUUUCACACAGCUCCCAUCUUGGUUCAUGCUGACCCGUUCCGCCAGUUCGUGGUGGAGGCCGAUGCUUCGGAUGUCGGAGUGGGGACUGUCCUGUCCCAGCGUUCUGCCCUGGACCUCAAGUUACAUCCCUGCGCCUUCUUCUCUCAACGCCUCUCGUCGCCGCCUGCACGGUCUGUGCGCAGAACAAGACUCCUCGGCAAGCUCCGGCUGGUCUUCUUCAACCAUUGCCUGUCCCUCACCGUCCCUGGUCUCACAUAUCCCUGUACUUCAUCACAGGUCUUCCCCCGUCUGAUGGCAACACCUCCAUCCUGACAGUUGUGGACCGGUUUUCCAAAGCCGCCCACUUCAUUCCUCUCCCCAAGCUACCCUCUGCCAAAGAGACGGCCCAGCUCAUGGUGCAGCACGUCUUCCGGAUCCAUGGACUCCCAGUGGACAUGGUCUCCGACCGGGGUCCUCAGUUCUCGUCCCGGUUCUGGAAGGCGUUCUGCACGCUCAUUGGGUCGUCAGCCAGCCUGUCCUCCAGGUUCCAUCCCCAGUCCAACGGUCAGUCGGAGCGAGCCAACCAAGACUUGGAAACGACUCUUCGCUGCCUGGUCUCCGCCAAACCCACCACCUGGAGCCAGCAACUAGUGUGGGUCGAAUACGCCCCCAACACCCUUCCUUGCUCUGCCACGGGUCUCUCGCCCUUUGAGUGUUCCCUGGGCUAAGCUCCCGCUCUUCCCUGAGCAAGAGGAUGAGGUCGGCAUACCGUCGUCCCAGAUGUUUGUCCGCCGCUGUCGUCGUACCUGGAAGAGAGCCCGGUCUAACAUUCUGAAGACCUCCACCUCCAAGUAUCAACGACAAGCGGACCGCCACCGGACCCCGGCUCCCCGGUAUCGUCUCAGGCAGAAGGUAUGGCAGUCCACCCGGGAUCUGCCCCUCCGGGUGGAGUCCCGCAAACUUUCCCCCCGGUUUAUCGGCCCUUUCCCCAUCUCCAAGGUCAUUAGCCCCUCUGCUGUUCGUCUUCUGUUGCCCCGUACCCUGCGUAUACAUCCCACUUUUCAUGUGUCUAAAAUCAAACCCAUGUCUCACAGCCUUUUGUCUCCUGUUUCCGGUUUUGACCAUUCUGCCUGCCCUGACCCUGAGCCUGCCUGCCGUCCUGUACCACCAAUCUGAAUUACUGACCUCUGCCUGCCCUUGACCUGUCGUUUUGCCUGGCCCCUGUUCUAGUAAUAAACUUUUGUUACUUCGACACUGUCUGCAUCUGGGUCUUCCCUAAAACGUGAUAAAUAAGCUAAGUAGCCAAUAGGCAGAGGGUAGCAUAAUUUGUCUGAUUCUCUGUAGUAAUGAAUGGCAUGGGAAUAAUAAUUAACUUUAUUUUGUAAAGUGGUUUCUUGCAUCAAACAACACAUUUUCAAUCACCUCCUUGUCUAAAGGACAAGUGGAGAAACAGGUUAAUGUCAAGGCCUGCAUAUUUUUUCCAAAAGUCUCACGGAAUGUAGGCUACAUUGAAUACCCCACAUUGGCUGCUACUGUAGGCUGAAUGAUAGAACAGCUAUUUCCAUUUUUAAAUGUUAUGGGAUGCAUUUUCUCCAUUGUUUUUGAUGGUAGGCCACUCUGGCCUACAUUAUGAUCAAAUAGCCACAGUAGCCUACUUGGCCACUGUUAUAACUGUAACGUAAAGCGGCUACAGCCUCAGUGGUCACAAUAAACGCACGCCAGAAGUUGCACAGAAUUCUCACAACAUUCAAGUUUGCGCUCAACAGACCUGACAAAUGAGGGAACAUUGCUCAUGAAUGGUCAUGUGUUACCACCUUAUUACUAGGCAGCCUGCAGUAGGAUGCUUUGAUCAGUUGAUUGACAGGUGUAGGACUGUAGAACGAUAAACUGUCAACUUUCCUCUAGCAUGGAUGCUCACCAACGUUUUAUAGUUAUGUAGCCUAUAGUUUUAUCAUUAUAGUUAUCGUUAAGAGUUAAUGGCUUGGUGGAUGGCCCGGGCCUUAUUUAACUACCACAACACAACUAACGUUAUUAUCACAACAGAACUAGCCUACUAGUAGGACUAGCUAAUGUUAUUAUCACAACAGAACUAGCCUACUAGUAGGACUAGCUAAUGUUAUUAUCACAACAGAACUAGCCUACUAGUAGGUCUAGCUAAUGUUAUUAUCACAACAGAACUAGGCUACUAGUAGGUCUAGCUAAUGUUAUUAUCACAACAGAACUAGCCUACUAGUAGGUCUAGCUAAUGUUAUUAUCACAACAGAACUAGCCUACUAGUAGGACUAGCUAACGUUAUUAUCACAACGGAACUAGCCUACUAGUAGGACUAGCUAACGUUAUUAUCACAACAGAACUAGCCUACUAGUAGGACUAGCUAACGUUAUUAUCACAACGGAACUAGCCUACUAGUAGGACUAGCUAACGUUAUUAUCACAACAGAACUAGCCUACUAGUAGGACUAGCUAACGUUAUUAUCACAACGGAACUAGCCUACUAGUAGGACUAGCUAACGUUAUUAUCACAACAGAACUAGCCUACUACUUGACUUGUAUACUCUAGAAAUUGACUCCUUCAAAUAAUUGACUCUGGCAAGUUUGCCACCCUCACGCUGCAGAAGGGGAGUAAAGCGGAAGUCGAAUCUAUCACUUCCAUUGUUUGGCUGUGCCCAUAGCAACGUUCGAAAAUGAGGUGGACCCCACCUGUGUGCGAGGUGUAUACUUUUGUUUCAAAGUAGACUUGUUUAAGGCUACCAAGAAACACUCUGUGUGACCCUGAUUUAGCCCACUGCAGUAAAGGGUUAAAUCCAUGUCCUCUCUGUGUUGCUUGUGUUUCCAGGCUCUGGGUGGGUUGGUCAUAGCAGCAGUCAUUAAGUAUGCAGACAACAUCCUGAAGGGGUUCGCCACCUCACUCUCCAUCAUCCUGUCAACACUCAUAUCCUACUUCUGGUUGGAGGACUUCAACCCCACCAGGUACACACACACACACACACACACACUUUGAUAAAUAUUCUGGCCAUGUCCAUUUAGGAUAAAAGGUUUUAAUCUCAACAGAUUUCCUGAUAAAAUACAGAUAGGAAUAAGAAAUGAGGGAGCUGAAUUAAUGUGAGAACGCCCAGAAUAUAAAUGUUCUGUCUAUAACUCUAACAACCUCCGCUCUCUCGCUCUCUCUCUCUCUCUCUCUCUCUCUCUCUCUCUCUCCCCCAGUGUGUUCUUCCUAGGAGCAGUGCUGGUCAUCGCUGCCACCUUCCUGUAUGGUUAUGAGGGUAAGAUGCCUGCCGCCAGCCACAGCAGAGUCUAG